AUGGCUCUCAUCUCUUCAAAAAACCCAUCAUUUCUCAUCUUCUUCGUUAUCUUGUUUUCCUUCCUUUUCCCAUCUUCUGUCUUUGCAACUACUCAAAAAUGCAUUCGAGAACACUUCUCUGCCUUGCUUCACUUAAAGAAUGGCUUUCACUUUUCUUCCUACAGCCUCUCUACUCUCUCCUCAUGGAAUUCAAACAAUACCGAUUGCUGCUCUUGGGAAGGCAUCACGUGUGAUGGAGCAACUGGUCACGUGAUCACACUCGACCUUAGUAACCUGGGUAUCUCUGGUCGGAUUGAUUCUGAAAGCCUCUUUCGUCUUCGGAGCCUCCAGAGGCUCAACCUCGCUUACAAUGAGUUUGCUGCCUCUCCAAUCCCUCCUGGGUUUGACAAGCUCACCAGUUUGACCCAUCUCAACCUCUCUUCUUUGAGAUUCUAUGGCCAAAUCCCGCUGGAAAUCUCCCGCUUGACCAGUUUGGUUUCUUUUGAUCUUUCUUACACUUACUAUAGAAAUGAUUCUAGAUUUCUACCCCUGAAACUCGAAAACCCAAACAUUGGAACACUCGUCCAGAACAUGUCGAAUCUGAGUGAACUGUAUCUCUUCCGUGUAAAUAUCUCAGCACAGGGAAGUGAGUGGGGCCCAGCCUUAUUCUUGUCACUCCCUCGUCUCCACAAGUUAAGCUUACAAGCUUGUGGUCUUUCAAGUUCCAUCUAUUCUUCCCUUUCACAGUUCCAUUUCUUAUCUGAACUUGACCUCAGCUCUAACAAUCUCUCCUCUGCAGUGCCCAGCUUCCCAGGGAGUCUCCACAAGUUGAUCUUACAAGGCUCCAUCUUUUCUUCCCUUUCACAGCUCCAUUUCUUAUCUGAACUCAACCUCCACUAUAACAAUCUCUCCUCUGUCGUGCCCAGCUUCCCAGGGAGUCUCCGCAAGUUGAUCUUACGAGAUUGUGGUCUUUCAGGCUCCAUCUUUUCUUCCCUUUCACAGCUCCAUUUCUUAUCUGAACUUGACCUCGGUCAAAACAAUCUCUCUUCUGUGCUGCCCAACUUCAUAGGGAACUUCUCUUCUUUCACGGUAUUGCGCCUUAGAAGUUGCAGCCUGUCUGGAUCCUUACCAUCCUUCCUUGUGAACCUCAGCAAACUAGAGUACCUGGAUCUUUCAUUUAAUAGUUUCAGCGGCCCAAUUCCUUCUUCCUAUGGAAACCAGCUUCUUAAUCUCAAAGAGAUCAUCUUAUGGAAUAAUUUGCUUAAUGGGACCAUUCCGUCAUCAUUGUUUUCACUCCCAUCAUUACAGUACCUGGAUGUUGAAGGUAACAAGCUGGGUGGUCGGCUUGACAUUGUCCACAAUGCCUCUUCUAGACAGUUGGAGAAUCACUGGUGGAUACCCAAAUGGAUAUGGAAGGUUGGGAAUGGGACUUUAUACUAUUUAAAUCUUUCUCGCAAUGCUCUUCGGAGAAUAGAACCACCAUUUCUCCAUGUUUCGUUCAGUGACCACAUUGCUCUCGACCUUAGCUUCAACAAACUAGAAGGCUCACUUCCGAUCCCACCACCCUCCACUUCUUUCUUCUCUCUUUCAAACAAUAGUUUUAGUGGUGAAAUCCCUGUGUCAAUUUGCAACAUAACAUCCCUUGAAGCACUCGAUCUAUCCAGAAAUCGGUUCAGUGGUUGGAUUCCACAAUGUCUAGGUGAAGUCAGUGAUGGCCUCAAGGUGCUAAAUCUCCAGGGGAAUGCAUUUAGCGGAACCUUGCUUCAAACAUUUAAAAAGGGAUGCAAUCUACAAACCAUUGAUCUCAGCGAAAAUCAAUUAGAAGGUCAAGUGCCAAGGUCUUUGGCUAAUUGUACAAUGUUGGAGGUAUUAAAUCUUGGAAACAAUCAAAUAAAUGAUGCCUUUCCUUCAUGGGUGGAAGCUUUGUCCCAGUUGCGUGUUCUUGUCUUGAAAUCUAACAAAUUUUAUGGCCGGAUCACACUUCCACUAUCAAAUCAGAGCUUUCAAAAUUUGCAAAUCAUUGACCUCUCUUCUAAUAGGUUUAUGGGUGUUUUGUCAUCAAAUAUUUUUCUGAGCUGGAAGGCAAUGAUAGUGGAGGACAAAUCUCAAUCUAAGUUCCUUGGUAGAAGCCUAAAUUCAUCACGGAGUGAGGUAUACUAUCAAGACACGGUGACAGUUGUGAUCAAAGGAUUAGAAAGGGAAUUGACAAAGAUCCUAACUAUCUUCACAGCAAUUGAUCUCUCCAACAACUCUUUUCAGGGGGAUAUUCCAGAAUCUAUAGGGAUUCUCAAGUCGCUCCGUCUGCUCAAUUUAUCAGGCAAUGGUUUCACGGGCCAAAUUCCAACAUCACUUGAGAACCUAAGGGUGCUCGAGUCGUUGGAUCUCUCACGGAACAAUAUCUCAGGGGAGAUUCCUUGGCAGCUGACAAAGUUAACGUUCCUCUCCACGUUGAACCUUUCACAGAACCAGCUCGUGGGAAGCAUACCACAAAUUAAACAGUUUUCCACAUUCACAGAUAAAUCCUUCGCAGGAAAUUUGGGAUUAUGUGGACCUCCACUAUUGAGAAAAUGCAUUUCAACACCAUCAGUAAUGCUGACGUUUGAAGAAACAGCUUCAGAACUGGAUUGGAAAUUCAUGUGGAUCGGAUUUGGAGUCGGAUAUGGAGUAGGAAUGGGAGUUCUUUGCUGGGCCCUGACAUUAUGGGCAACGGGAAGGAAAGAAUACAAUAAAUUUAUAGAUAGGAUGUUUUUGUUGAUUUUUUCCUCCACUUUAUUUUCUUUAAAGCGAUGACUGUAAGUAGAUUUGGAGUCGGGUAUAGAGUAAUGAAUGGUGUGGAAAACAUGGUCUACAGAUCGCGAAGUGUGCUUCCUCGGGAGGUGAAGGGGCUGCUGACUUUGGAUAAUGCGGUCUUGGGUUUGGUCUCUGUUUUUUUUUUCUUGGCUGGGGUUUCUCCCUGUAGUAGCUUUGUAGCUUUGUCGUGGUUUGUAGUUUUGGUUUGUUUGGGAUGAUUGGUUUUCGUCUGACGAGUUCUCUGGGCUUGAUUAGGCAGUCGAACGGACGUGGUUUUGUAAGUGUUGUCUUUAGUUUGUAGCGUCCGGUCUGUUUUGUGAAGGUGGCUCAUGGAUGCAGCUCUUGGUUAGGUUGCAUGCUAAGAUCGCUGAAGGUUCAUCACAGUUAGGUUGCUUUCAGGGCUCUUCAUGGCUCAUGACUUGUUGGAGAAAUGUUCAGGUACACAGGGCAUUGGAUUGUGGUGGUUGGAUUUGUUUGUUCCAGCGUUGUCUUCGUUUGGA